UUUUAUUAAAAACAUAAUUAAGCCUACAAGGAUUCCAUAAUUUUCAGUACAUUCGUUCGUGUAUUUAUGAUUUAUCUGGUGUCAAUCUCUAAGAAGAUGACAGUAAGAAUAAUUGUUGACAUGUAGAUCAAUGAAAUAGGAGUGUACGUUUAUACGCCUGUGCAAUUAUUUAAGAAAUAUUUGCAAACUCUAAAACUACAAUAAUCCUCUUAUUCAAGAUAUAUUUGAUUGUGAUGUAAUAGGUAAAAAAGUCAGUUCUGCAAGACGUUUCCUUCCACAGUUUAACCUUCUUUUUUUUGAUCUCCCUGGCAUGUUUUCACUAUCUCUCUACUUCCUUUACUGUCUCACUCUCCCGCCUACUCACUAACGUCCUCGCCCUCAGCGUAGCAAGCGCGGGUGGCUUGGAUGCCGGGGCAGAUGAGAAGAAACCGACCAUCUGGGAAACUGAGGGAGACCAGUCAACGUUGACAAAUGGAUGUUAGGGGACGUCGUACUCAUACGUAGUUUCAUGUGGAACGUUUUUAGAGUUAGUCUUGUGAUGGAGUUAAGAGGCAAAUAGAGUAAAUGGCACUGAUCAGUUGAAUUUUAGUAAAUGAAGUAACAAUAAUUUUGUUGAAAAUGCUACGAUACACAUACAUGAAGAGAAAAGUACGAGAAUUGGCAGUAAAAACUUGUUUCAAACUUAAAAUUAUGAACCGUGAUUUGUUGAUAUAAUCGAUGGAAGACAGACAAACAUAGAAAAAUGCAGAAAAGUGGGAAUAGUUGCACUCUUUCUUCGAACUGUGAACUGGAGACUAAGAACAAAAUGCAACUACCGUGUGUCCCGUGUGAUGCAAUGACUUCGGACUCCGCAAAUCCCGCGAAGCACAGGAAUCAGGCAAACGCCCGGGAAAGAGAUCGAACGCACAGUGUUAAUUCAGCAUUCAUGACUCUCCGAAUGCUGAUUCCAACAGAGCCUGCUGAUCGCAAAUUAUCAAAGAUAGAAACACUGCGACUUGCAUCGAGUUACAUAUCUCAUCUUGGCACACAAUUACUAGCUGGACCUGUUGAACAGCCAUGUUUACGAGGCAGCAUUUCAAGUGCCAGUGAAUAUUCUCAAGGAAAUCAUUAUUCAGGAGGUUCACGAACCUCUGUUUGUACAUUCUGUUUAGGAAGUCAAAAGAAAAAGAAAAUACCAAUUGAAGAACUGGCAAUAUCCGGAUUUCACACACAUUCUUCAAUGAAAUAAUGGAAUUGAAUAGAAUUAAAAUGGAAAUAACGGAAUUAAAAUUAUAAUAUUGAAUAUUUGUAAUAUGAUACUCUUAUUUACAGAAUAACAUCGAUUAAUAUAACAAUAAAGCGGACGAGCUUUGUCCAUCAUAUAUGUUA